AUGUCGAGAAAAAGAAAGAAUUCAGAUAGUAAUAAUAAUGAACACGAUAAUAAACAACGACAAAGAAUGACAACCUAUCAUCUGAAUAACAUCUUUCAAACAACUCAGCAAAAGUUAUACGAUGGUUCAAAAAAUUUCUUUCGUAAACUGAAAGAUGCUGCUUUAAACAAUGGAACAAAAUCUAAUCCAAUGGUAUCAUUGUGUUCAUCAAUGCAUUGUACAGUAUCAAUUAUAUCUACAUGUGAUUAUUGUGAAAAACAAUACUGUUCAAAUCAUCUUACAUCGUGUUCGCAAUGUAAUAAGACAUAUUGUCCUUAUUGUUCAAUAAAUAUGAAUAAUGAUUCAUCGAUCUGCUUGACAUGUGUACAAAAUGAAUAA